AAAUAUUUAAAAUUCUCCAAUGUUGCUACUGAAAUAUGGAGUAUCUAGGAAAAUCUUCAGUUUCCUACUGUUCCUCUUGUUGCUUCUGCCGAUCCUUGACGCCGGUGAUCCGAUUGGCAGCCACUUCGUCCGCCGGCGGGCUAAACGCCUUUCCAGUCCCUAUUUCGACAAGGAAAAAACGUUGGUUCUGGCCAAAUAUGUAGUCUCGAUUCGAUCCCGAAGACCCCACAAGUUAUUUGGCGACAAUCACUUCUGCGGUGGCGUGAUCAUAUCGAGAACCUACAUCCUCACCUCCGCCCACUGCGCCAUGGAGUAGUAAGCGCAAGAUCGUACAUCGCAGUCGGGUGUUGGUGGUUGUGGCUGGAACCACAAAUCGUCUGAAAUCCCGCAAAGGACUCUCUUUAAACAUGGAGGUGAAGAAGAUCUUUGUCCCAGACAAGUUCACAGUAUUCAAUACGAACAACAUUGCGCUGAUGAUGCUGGCCAAAAAACUACCCUUGGACAAUCCGCUUGUGGGUGUGAUCAAUCUGCCUACGGCUGACCCAGAACCGGGUUUGAACUACACGGUGCUGGGCUGGGGAAGGAUCUUCAAGGGCGGUCCCCUGGCCUCGGACAUCCUGCACAUUGACGUGGAGCUAUUGCCCCGGGAUAUCUGUGAGAAGAAAGUCCACAUCUUCAAGGAGGAGAUGAUGUGCGCCGGAAAUCUGAACAACACCAUGGACGAGAAUCCCUGUGCCGGUGACACCGGAAGCCCACUGAUUUUCAACGAAACAGUCUUUGGUGUGGUUAGCUACCGAGUAGGCUGUGGAUCUAAAACUUUGCCCUCCAUUUAUACCAACGUCUACAUGCAUAUGGACUGGAUUAAUGGCAUUAUGAACAAUAAUGAAGCGAACCGAUUGUGUUACUCUCCCAACUAUCUAUUCACCACCAUUGGUAUAAUCAUUGGAAAUAAAAUUCUGAAAAGUUGGGGAUUUUAUUUGAUCACCAUUU